AUGGGCGAUGACCGUAAGAAGGACGACCACUGCGACUGCACUGGCCACGGUCGUGACUCGCACUCGCUCAGCCACUUGCUCGAGAACAACCGCAAGUGGCGUGACAACGUCCUGCAGCGAGACCCGACGUUCUUCGAGCGGACGGCCAAGGCGCAGUCUCCCCGGUACCUCUGGAUCGGAUGCUCGGACUCUCGAGUCCCCGCCGAAGAGAUCACGGGACUCAACCCCGGCGAGAUGUUCGUGCACCGCAACGUGGCCAACCUGGUCGUGAGCAACGACAUCAACUCGCUGUCGGUCGUGCAGUUCUCGGUCGAGAAGCUCAAGGUCAGCGACAUCAUCGUCUGCGGUCACUACGGCUGCGGAGGCGUCACCGCCGCGCUCAAGAACGCGCAGAUCGGUCUGCUGGACAACUGGCUGCGUAACAUCCGAGACGUCUGCCGUACGCACAAGGAGGAGCUGUCGCAGUACAAGACGGACGAGGAGCGCGAGCGCCGCCUCGUGGAGCUCAACAUCCAGGAGCAGUGCCUCAACAUCUUCAAGAUCAACAUGGUGCAGCGUCGCAUGGGGCUCUACGGCGCGCCGCGCAUCCACGGCAUGGUGUACGACAUCCGCUCGGGCGUCCUGAAAGAGCUCGAGGUCGACUACCACGCCUUCAUCGCCAAGAACAUGGGCGUCUUCCGCCUGCACAACUUCCGCGAUGGCAAGAUCCCCACCACCAAGCCCGAGUUCCAGCGCAACAUGAUCAUGAACCUGGUGGAGGACCACGAAGAGGAGCCGGGCACGGUUAGCGUCCGCUACAUCUCGCGCAUGCUCAAGCGAGAGACCGAGCUCUUCUCGGAGGAGGAGGUGGACACCGCUCUGAAAACGGUCCAGGCGCAGUCGAAGGAGCCGGCGAGUGCCUUCGUCGAGGUGAACGCGCUCGUCUCGUACUUCGCUGGCGACGAGUCCAAGGCGUAG